ACGUUACAGGUAUAAAUGCACUUAUGGUGUAAAACGCCACCGACAGUGUGGUGUGCUGUGCGAGUAAAACUGCGUCUCUGUUGUCUGCAUUCAGUAUGGGGUUCUACUACUGGAUGGCUCUGCUGACCAUUGGAUCGUUAGUCUCAGCCCAAAAAGAUUGGUGGGAAACGGCCAGUUUCUAUCAGAUCUAUCCACGAUCGUUUCAAGACAGCAAUGGAGAUGGAAUUGGCGAUCUGAACGGUAUAACAAGUCGGCUACAGUAUCUUAAAUCACUGGGCGUGACCGGAUUCUGGCUUUCGCCGAUAUACCCCUCACCGAUGGCCGAUUUUGGAUACGACAUUUCGAGCUUUACCGACAUUCAUCCCAGCUUUGGCACCAUGGCUGAUUUCAAGCGACUCGUGGAGGAAGCGAAAAAACUUCAACUGCGCGUCAUCCUCGAUUUUGUGCCGAACCAUUCUAGUGACGAACACGAGUGGUUCCGGAAGAGCGCUAAGCGCGAAAGCGGGUAUGAAGAUUUUUACGUGUGGCAGGACGCUAAACCGGGCACGGAUCGUGAUCCACCCAAUAACUGGGUGGCUGCAUGGUACGGUUCUGCUUGGGAGUGGAAUGAUGAGCGACAGCAAUUCUACCUUCAUCAGUUCCACAAAAAGCAACCGGACCUCAACUAUCGCAAUCCGGCAGUAGUGCAGGCUAUGAAAAAUGUGCUGCUUUUCUGGUUGGACCUAGGAGUGGAUGGUUUUCGAGUCGAUGCUGUGCCAUGGCUUUUCGAGACGGUCGGAUUCCCGGAUGAACCCAUCAGCGGCCAAUCGAACGAUCCGUUAAGUCAAAACUAUCUCAGUCACAUUUACACACUCGACCAACCAGAAACCGUUGACAUGGUGUAUCAAUGGCGUGAGCUGCUGGACGAGUAUAAACGGAAGUAUAAUACUACUACCAAAAUACUCAUGACGGAGGCUUGGUCGUCGUUGGAUGUUGUGAAGACGUACUUUAAUGACAGUAACAACCGGCAAGGAUCUCAGAUGCCUUUCAACUUUCAACUAAUCACGCGACUGGAUAGCAAUUCCAAGGCCAUCGAUUUCAAAACGGUGAUCGAUUCGUGGCUAGAUAUCAUUCCUGCCGGGCAUACUCCCAACUGGGUGCUCGGAAAUCAUGACAAACGCCGGGUUUCAUCGCGAAUGGGUGGUGAUCACAUGGUGGACAUUAUGGCUAUGAUCGAACUGACCCUUCCUGGUAUAACGGUCACUUAUCAAGGGGAGGAAAUAGGAAUGCACGACGUAGACAUCUCAUGGGCCGAUACGCAAGAUCCUGCCGCUUGCCAACUGACCGAGGAAACGUACCAGCAAGGAACGCGCGAUCCAGCUAGGACACCGUUUCAGUGGGAUAAUACCCCGAACGCUGGCUUUACAAAUGCAUCCGUGAAGCCAUGGCUCCCAUUAGCCACAGACUACCCGUUGCUAAAUGUAAAAGUACAGCAAGAAACCACCGAAAAUAGCCAUUUGAAGGUGUUUAAAGAGCUGAUGAAUUUACGUGGCACAAAAACAUUUGUCUGGGGUUCGUUCAACUCAAUGGUGCUCGGCACUAACGUGUACGCUUUAGCUCGAUCGUUCUCAAACGAUAAGAGGACGUAUGUUGCGUUAACUAAUAUUGGCAUCACGGUCGAAACAAUAGACGCUACAAAGCUGGACAGCAGUUUGCCCAAUGAUCUUGUGGUUCGAGUGGUGAGCGUAUCAUCAAAAUAUGCCCCGGGAGAAACUGUAACGGCCAACAGUAUCCAAUUGCAGCCUUAUGAAGCAGUAUUACUAAGCAAUGGUGGUACGCUUGCAUUAGCACCACGCUUUGCACUGUUCGCGUGCUUUAUGUUGGUGGUUUUUAAAUUGUUUAACUAGUAGCGCAACCACAGUGAUGUUUUGUCAUGUCAUGUAGAGAAAAUACAUAAAAUGCCUAAUCUUACCACAAUGAUUUGUAUGCUCAAUCAUAUAGUUCUAAAAGGUUGGAAUCGUUUCUUGUUCGAUUCCUAC